AUGCGGUUUCUGUGUCUUCACGGGGCCAUCAAUAACGUGGACAUUAUGAUGCUUCAACUAGCACCACUGCAAAAACACCUUGAGUGCGACAACGCUGCUUCAUUUCACUAUGUAAAUGGACUAGUGUCUGUCACGCCUCCAAGCGGAUUCGACAGGUAUUUCGGCAUCGGUCCGCAUUACCGCUGGCUUGAUGAUGGUGGUAUAGCGGAGGAGUCUCUCAUCAGUCGCGUUCGCCAUAUACCCUUGGGUGAUAGCCCGGAAGACGUGAUGAGAGGUCUGAUUGGCGGAAGAAAAACCAUUAUACUCAACUACAAGGAAGUAAUGGACUACCUGUACAAUGAACUAGAGAAAGACUCCGAGAUCGAAGGUCUAAUUGGGUACAGCGAGGGCGCUGGAAUUGCAGCAACAUUCAUCUUGGAGGAACAGCAGAGAGAAAAGGACGGGGGUGGCUCUCGCCGUAUCAAGUGCGCCAUGUUUGUCAACGGAUGGCCGCCAGUUUCCCGAGAUAGAGGCGUUGUCCUUUCGGACGAGGUAGAGGACAUGAUUGAUAUCCCUACCCUGCACGUCAUUGGCUCAGAUGAUCCUUUCAAGCAUGGUUCUUGUGCUCUUUAUAAUAUCUGUGAUCCUGACCUCGCAGAGAUUUUUGACACUGGCAAGGGCCACACUAUGCCACGCUCAGGUCAAACAAUCACCGAGCUAGGCGACGCGGUGCGAGAUUUGAUUGGGAAAACGAAGUGCUCAGAGUAA